AUGGAUCACUGCAAUGGGCCGUUGGUCUCUGCACUUCCUCCCACAUCAUUCAAGAGUUCAUCUUCCUCUGAAAACCAGUCACCAUAUUUUGCCAAACUCAACAGAAGAGACGGAGGUGGCGGCUGGGCUCCAGAACACUCAGACAGACUACGAUGGCUACAGGUGGAUCUGCGGGAAAGGGUGGAGGUCACAGCGGUGGCGACCCAGGGCCGUUUCGGAAGCCCUGAUUGGGUGACUAGCUACAUGCUUUUGUACAGUGACACAGGAAGAGCUUGGAAACAGUACAGACAGGAUGACAACAUAGGGACUUUCCCGGGAAAUACUAAUUCUGAUGGGAUUGCUCACCACAAGCUCUCACACUCAAUAAGAACGAGAUUCUUGCGGUUCUUGCCAGUCGACUUGAGUCCAGGGGGAUGGGUGGGCCUCAGAGUCGAAGUCUAUGGUUGUGCAUACAAGUCAGAUGUGGCUGACUUCAAUGGCAGAAGCUCUCUGCUGUUCCGGUUUAAUCAGAAAUCCACAAGUACAGUGAAAGAUGUCAUCUCGCUGCGGUUUAAGAGUCAACGUGCGGAUGGGGUGCUCGUGCACGGAGAGGGUCAAAGGGGCGAUUACAUCACACUGGAGCUACACAAGGGCAGAUUGGCUCUGCAUAUCAACCUGGACGACGCCAAGACGCACCCUAGUAGCGGUCAUGUUUCUGUUUUUCUGGGUAGUCUUCUGGACGAUCAGCACUGGCACUCUGUCCUGAUCGAACGAUUUAACAAACAGAUCAACUUCACCGUCGACAGACUAACCAGGCAUGUGAGGACGGGUGGACUGGAUGAUUCACUGGAAGUCGAUUAUGAGCUCAGCUUUGGAGGCAUCCCUCUUCCUGGAAAACCAGGCACAUUCCUGAGGAAAAACUUCCAUGGAUGUAUAGAGAACCUCUAUUACAAUGGAGUCAACAUCAUUGACCUAGCAAAACGACGCAAACCUCAAAUCUACAGUGUGGGAAACGUGACCUUUACCUGCUCAGAGCCGCAGCUUGUGUCUGCCACUUUCUUGAGCUCCAGCAGCAGUUUCCUGUCACUUCCUGCGGACGGUGUAAUGGACGGAGCCAAGGAACAACUGUCUGUGACAUUUCAGUUCCGAACGUGGAACAGGGAAGGGAUGUUACUGUCCACCUGGCUGAGGAGAGAGACUGAGAGACUGCUGGUGCUGCUUGUACAUGGGCAACUUAGACUUACACACCACAGAUCAGCUCUGCAAAGCUCAGACAUCGUCAUAGGUCAGGCGCUGAGUGAUGGCCAGUGGCACACCAUGUCCGUUAGCGUGGGUGGACUGCAGGUGUCUCUUUCGGUAGAUGAUGAGCCACCGUCGACCUUGCUGCUGAAAGAGACGGCACAGCCUGGGAAGAGUGUGUUAAUUGGAGGCUGUCCACCAACAUUAGCCAAUCUGGGAUGUCGGAAUCCAACGCUGGCCUAUCAAGGCUGCAUUCGCUCUGUUGUCAUAAACAACCACCCAAUCAACCUUUACCUGGUGCAACAAGGACUGCUUGGAAACUACAGCAAAAUCCAGGUUGACAUCUGUGGCAUUCGUGACAGAUGUCUUCCUAACUACUGCGAGCAUGACGGGGAAUGUUCUCAGUCCUGGAAUACAUUCUUCUGUGACUGCUCGGGAACCGGGUACACGGGAGCAACUUGUCAUAACUCUAUCUUUGAACCCUCCUGUGAGGCCCACCGGCUCACAGGAAGUGCCUCAGGAUUUUUCUCAAUCGAUCCUGAUGGAAGCGGACCGCUCAAAUCCACCAUCGUCUACUGCAACAUAACUGAGGAUAAGGUUUGGACCGUAGUGACACAUAACAGCACAGAGAUGGUGAGAGUUCAAGGGUCGUCCCUUCAGAAGCCUCACGUGAUGAGGUUUAAUUACAGCGCAUCUCUGGAACAACUGCGGACGCUUGUGGGCAGAUCUGAACAGUGUCAACAGGAACUGCUUUAUCUCUGCAGGAAGUCCCGCCUCUUCAACACAUGGGAUGGAACGCCCUUGUCCUGGUGGCUUGACCGGGCAGGAGAGAGAAGGACGUACUGGGGUGGAUUUCUCCCGGGGGUGCAGCAAUGCGCCUGCAGCCUGGAUGAGAACUGCAUCGAUAUGAACCACUUCUGCAACUGUGAUGCUGACAGCAGCUCAUGGGAGAAUGACACUGGAGUAUUGUCCUACAAAGAACACUUACCAGUGACCGAGAUCUUGGUAGGCGAUACAAACCGAACAGGGUCAGAGGCAAUCUACAGAGUGGGGUCCCUCCACUGCUAUGGGGACAGGUUUCUUUGGAACGCCGCCUCCUUUUACCAGGAGUCGUCCUACCUGCACUUCCCAACACUGCAGGCCGAACUGAGUAUUGACAUCUCCCUCUACUUCAAAACCACAGCUCCCUCUGGAGUCUUCCUGGAAAAUCUGGGUGCGAAAGACUUCAUUAGAGUGGAGCUAAGUGCGCCAUCUAUCGUGACCUUCACAUUUGAUAUUGGGAACGGGCCGGUGGUUCUGACUGUAAAAUCUCACAUGCCGUUGAAUGACAAGCAGUGGCAUUACGUAGGAGCAGAGAGAAACGUAAAGGAGGCAUCGCUGCAGGUGGACCAGCUGCCUUUGCGCUUCCUGGAGGCCCCCUCCGAAGGCCACACCCACCUCCAACUUAACAGCCAGCUGUUUAUUGGAGGAACAGCAUCCAGGCAGCGAGGGUUUCUUGGAUGUAUCAGGUCAUUAAACAUCAACGGAAUGACGCUUGACCUUAUGGAACGAGCUAAAAUGACCCCUGGGGUCAGCUCGGGAUGCCCGGGUCACUGCAGCAGCCAGAACAGCUUGUGCCACAACAGGGGGAAGUGUAUCGAGAAGAGUAGCGGUUACGUUUGCGACUGCACACAUUCUGCCUAUGGAGGACCCAACUGCAAGAAAGAAGUUUCCGUGUCUUUUGAAAGCGGGUCUUCUGUGACCUACACCUUCCAGAAACCUUAUUCUGUGAUGCGUAAUCACAGUCGCCAGUCCUCAGCCAUCUACGCCCAAAGCAGCAAUUCACGAGAGAGCAUCACCUUCAGUUUCCUCACGAAACAGACGCCCGCAAUGCUUUUGACUGUCAACACCUACCAUCAACAGUACAUGGCUGUAAUACUGGCUAACAAUGGGAGUUUGCAGAUAUGGUAUCGGCUGAACAGAGAGAAAGAGCCUGAUGUCUUCAUGCCAUCGUCUCUUAAUAUGGCCAAUGGACAGCUCCAUAGAGUCCAGAUCCAUAGAGAGGGACGGGACAUGUACGUCCAGAUUGAUAAAGAUACCAAUCUGAAAUACAGACUGUCCACAGACAAAGAGCUGAUCACGAUAAGGUCUUUGACACUGGGAAAAGUCACAGGCCGAGCUGGAGUAGACGAGGAGGUGCUCCAGGCCGGAUCGCGAGGUUUCAUUGGCUGUCUUUCUUCUGUUCAGUUCAACCAUUUGGCUCCUCUUAAGGCGGCCAUACUGAAUCGAGGAAGCUCAUUGGUUAGUGUGCUCGGCAAUUUGGUCGAGUCGAAUUGCGGUGAGCUGGCAGAUAAAUCUUCAUCCAGAUCUUUAUCAGAUAAUGCAGACACAGGAAGUAGAGGGAAGAAGCUUAUGAAUGCUUCCCAAAGUGAUUCUGCAGUAAUUGGAGGUUUGAUAGCAGCAGUUGUGCUCAUUACCCUCUGUGCAGUGGCCGUAAUGACCCGCUUCCUCUACCGUCAUCGACACGAACGCACCCGGCAGAUUCCCACCGUCAAGGAGAAAGAUCACCAGCCCAGGCCAGAGCUUAGAUACCGUGCUGAGCUGGACGUCCACAGUGUCAUGAGAGACAGCAGGAAGGAGUACUUCAUCUGACCUGUGACGUCCAACCUCAUGACACUAACUCGGUCACUCUGAUCCCGCCUGUGGCGCCAAACUAGUGGACAAAGGUUGGGGAGUCAGCUGAGCCUUGUGGACACAUCCAGUGCCCUUCACCCUCCAAACCACUUCCUUUAGCAUACAGGAAUCAGGGAAUAGAUACUACUAUUGUGGAUUUUAGUGCCCUUAACUGGGUCCCAGGUAGGGCAGGUGGUCGAAAUGGGCCCGAGGCAAGGGAUUGUUAGAGCCUCGUGAACUUGUGUAGCAUAAAACCACCUUGUUUUGCAGAGCCAAAGAAACCCUGAUCGUAUGUAUAUGUACAAAUGGCAAUGAUGCAGAUAUGACUGUUGGAUUAUGCCACAAUUGCAUUGGCAGAAUGGUGGAUUUCAACAGACUGGCUCUGUCUUCACAGCGGUGGUUCUUUGCAGUGGUUUUUCAUUGUGUUCCUAGGAGUUAGAAGAUCAGGUGGCUUCAAAGCUAUGAAGCUUUACACAAACAUGGCCUUCAGCCCUUUUAGAGGACAAAAAAUCAAAACAAUUCUCUCUUGCUAUCAGGGCUAAUUAUUUAACCAGACAACAAAGAGGUUACGAAACCGUUGGUGCGUGCACACAUUCGAGUCAGUCUAGCAGACAAACAAACACUCAAUGGUCUCCAGUCUUUGGACCAUGUCGAAUCAAGCAGCUCUGGUACAGUACCAAUCCAGCAAGAAUGGUCUUGUUCAGCCAUAGGCGAGCACAAAUAAAGUAGGUGAUGUUACCAGUGGAUUUCUGUCACUUCCUCCUUCCAUUCCUCUAUUUCUUGUUGAUACAUGCAAUCCCUACUUAUUUUAUAGACAACAUGGACAAACAUUCACAAGACAUUUAAUGUUUGGCAUUAAGGGCUAGGGUGUACUUCGUUUUUCAGCGUGCUGUUAGGUCUUGCGCACAGUUGAGUAUACUAUUUUGAUCGCAAGCUUGAACGAACGCAUUCAACACAUGUGCACAGAUGUCACGCACAGGUACAUGAGGCUAGAAAAAUAGAAAUGCUCGCGGACUGUGCUGAGAAGUAGCGUCAUGCAUAAAACCGAAGCAUACUUUAGCUUUUACAUACUAGACUAUAGGGGAGAUUCAUUUUCAUAAUGUGACGUAUUUCUAGGGAUUCAGAAUAUAUAGCAGGAAAAAUGACAGUACUUGAUUUCAUCCAUUUGGAAUUUUAUUGGAUCAUGAAAAUUGGGCUAUGAUAAUAUUGUUUGAUAUUCUUUUUCCUUGCCCCUGUGGGCUUGGUUACUUCAGCAGGAAAGUCAUUUCAAGAAUGUUUAUUAAAAAAAGUAGGCCUGCAUGUUGUCAAUUUUGAAAUGGUUUGAUGAAUAGUUUUCUUUCAGCAUUUAGCCUACAGUCCAAGAUUUACCAUUGGCUAUUGCUGGCCAGUGGCAGGUGGUCCAUAUUUUGGUCCAUUUCCCAAUCAUUUAGUUUUUGUCUCAGUGUGGACGGAAGGCCAAAACAUAGAGAAACAAAAAUGUAUUAGUGUGGACGUGGCCUUAAAUGUAAAUAUCUGCUAAUGUUUUUUGUUUUUUUUACUUUUACUUUUUUGGGUUACAAAAGCAUAUAAACGGCCUCAAAGCUAACUGACAUGGACUAAAAGGUCAUGAUUUACUCACCGUCAUAUUUUUCCAAAACCGUAAAAUUACUUUUUUGUAAACCUUUUACCUGUGAAGUUUGAGCAGAAAUGGGGUUUUCUUUUCCCAGAACAUGAAGUUUCCAUAGAGUCACCACAAAUCACUUUGAAGUGCAUCACAUGAGGCCACAAUAAACUUAAAGUGGAAAUAUGAGAAUUCAUUCUGUUCCGGGCCAGAUAUGAUUCUAUUCCAUUAUAUUCUACAGGAAGUGAGUAAUGGAGCCAAAAUAUCAUUCACAUCCUUUUAAAGGCUGCCUGGUCUGAACCUCACAUGGAUUUGAUCAUAUUUAUGAUUUAAGAUACCUCUGAGAUAUAAUGCAACUAUAAUUGGUUCCCAGACUCAAAAACAGGAUGAAAAUGUUCUUAACAGAAAAGGGGCAAGACAUUCAAAUUCCUCCGAUAAUCGCAUACAAUGCAUCAGAGUGAGGUUUCAAGGCGGUAUCUAAUCAUCGCUCCACCCUACCCCCUCAUUUGUCAUUUUCAUUGGCGUCAGGACAAAGAAUCAGUAAUGCUAGAUAUUUAUCUAGCGGUGAUCUAUGUAAAUGUCAUUCUGGCAAUGGUAUGGUGAUGAUAGAUCCUCGCUCAAACCGCCCUGGGCUCAGAGCUGAGUCCAAACUGCAGCUAAAUCCAUCUCUCCGUGGAUGAACACCAGCGGAAUGUACUACGAUCAGUCCGUUCAUCUCAUUAGAUUUCAGGGCAUCUCACAGAGGCAGUGAAUCUCAGAUAUCAGAUAUUCAUACUUUCAAAACGCAAAGCAGGAUAGCUUCCCCAACAAUUUCAGCCACCCAGAGAAAGCUUGAUAUAUGAUGGGUUUUUAAUUAAGAUAAACUUCACUAGAAGCACAGAUGUGCAAACUUUUAAAUGGUGGUACUUUGAGCAAAACAAUAUGUACUGUACAAUGGGACAAUGGGACUUGAUUUUAUCCAUUGGGAAUUGAUAGGGUUGUGAAAAAUGGGCAUUGCAUACCUCAAUUAAGCCAGGUCGAAGUUGAAGGGGAGAGGUUGAAAAUGAAAAAGUUAUAAACGUUAAAUCGUUUUUGAACAAAGUACAAAAAAGUCGUUUUCCAAGUGCCGUUACAUCUUGACACGGAGACUGUUUGCGUGCUCCUGGCGUUGACUGUACUAAAGAGUAUCACAAAGCUGUCGUAGUGCACAUAUGUCAAAUGUGUCCUUAUGGGCUCAUGUUCAAAUUAGUAUACUUUUUAGAGCUCAACUGUGCACAAGAUGGAAUGGCAUUUGGAAAAACUAAGUAUACUCUAGCCCAGGAGUCGGCAACCUAUGGCAGGGGUAAUCACUGGCAUGCUAGCAAUAGUGAGAGAGCAGCAGACUAUUUUAUUUAUAUAAAUUCCGCACCUGCAUUCCAGUCUUGAUGUAAUCCUUCCUCAUGCUCACGCAGCAUGUUUUCAUGAGCUAAAUGGGAUGCUAAAUGUGAAGAGACUGCAGUAUACCCAACAGAGUCCUGCAGCGCGUGCAAGCCAUUCGCACAUGACGAGCCGGCAGCGCUUCACUUUCGGUUAAUCGCACCCGAUUUGCUUCGGUCAGGCUGCUACUAAUCCUUGAAAUUUACAACCCAGCAUACAGGUACACCUUCCUUAAACCAUGGUCACACUCAAAAUUACAUUAAACACAUCGUGAAAUUCAAAAUCUGAGAGUGAUCUUAAGAGAGAUUUAGCAAAUAUUACUUUUUAUUUAUUUAUUUAAAUUAAGCUCCACCAAUAAAAGCAGAUGUGCAAAUUUUUUUAUGAUGGUACAUUAAUCGGAUGAGUAGAAUUGAAGCUGUCAAACGUUUUUACCACGUGGGACGCAACAUAAAACCCGUUAAUAUAGUUUAAGUGUUCUGUUUUACACUAAAAGCAGGAAUAUAAAGUAGUAGUUGCUGUAUUUUGAAGGUUUGAAGUGUCGUGUUUAUAGCCGUUGCAGUUCUGUUUUGCCAUUUUGUAGAUGUUUGAGUUGCUGUCACGUAAGGCACACAGUGUUCUUUUCACUAACAAGCUAGAAGUGAGACCUAGAACAUCCAGCACACCAGACAGCACUAACAAAUAACACAGACCUUUCACAGCUAAGAGCUUGUGUUACUAUCUGAACUAAUUAAAUUGCAUUUCCUCGGCUGAAUGCAAUGCACCUGCUUAGGAUUCUUAGGCAAGAAACAUACUCUAUGCAAGUGCGCUUGCAGAUGUAAAUGCUUGGCCAAUGUUGUACAAUCUUAUUGUUCAUUCUUGGGUUAAUGUGAUUAUAAAAAUCCCUCAGUACUCAAGAUGGAGUCUUGUGUCUGUGCCUAUAAUUUAUGUAUAUUGUCAUUCAGGUAGCUAGCUAUAAACAUGUCAACAGUUUCAACUAAAUUAAACUUGCUCAGCAAGAUUCUCUUCAUACUGUUGGGAGUAAAUGCCCUGAAAGAGGAAACUUCCCAUUGAAGACAUUUUACGUAAUUACUUGCAACAGCACCCCUUGUGGCAAUGGCGAGAAUGCAACACAGACUUUGGUUGCGUUACGAAUUGCACUCUGAAUUCAACAAUGCAUGAAAUCGAGCUUGAGUAGCUAGAUGUUUUAGCAUUAAAAUACUCGCAUAGAGUAUGUUUUUGGCCUUACGGUAAAAAAAAAAAAAAAACGACAAAACAAAACUGACAAAAAAAAAUACGCAAACUGCGAUCAAGUGCAUUUAAAUAUUUUAUUAAACAUGAAUAAAAAAAACACAUGAUGUUAUGGACAUAAUAAGCCGUAUUCUAAUUAUUACUAUUUAUUUUGAGUUUGUUUUCUAUGGUUAGAAUUAUACAGGUUUAUUGUGUAUAUAAUUGUAUAUUUAAUUACA